AUGGGCCUGAGACAGACUCUUCUCUUCCUCCUCCUGGCAGGAGCCCUCACCCUGCUUCAGUGCCAGGAGCUGUUUGUACGCGUUAUCCACAGUGGCCGAGAAGGUCAACUAAGAAGAGGCAGAUGCAGAGACCCAUUCACCAAACAGACCUACACUCAGAAGGAGAGUUGGCUCCGCCGAGUCAAAGGGAGAACAGAAUAUUGUCGGUGUGAGAACAGUGGCAUCUUCUGCCAUGCAGUACCUGUCAAAGGCUGCAUAAAGCCACUUUGCCUCCAUGGGGGCCGCUGCCAGCAAGCCUUGUACUCCCCCAACCUUUUCAUUUGCUUCUGCCCCCCAGGCUUCUCGGGGAAGUUCUGUGAAAUUGAUACCAGAGCUGUGUGUUACCAGGAUAUAGGGGACACAUACAGGGGGACCUGGAGCACCACGGAGAGUGGUGCAGAAUGUGUGAACUGGAAGACCAAAGCCUUGCGCUUUAAGAGAUUCCACGCAGAUCGUCCAGACGCCUUGCUGUUGGGGCUUGGCGAUCACAAUUAUUGCCGAAAUCCAGAUAAAAGCUCGAAACCCUGGUGCCAUGUCCUUAAAAAAAACAUGUACGUCUGGGAAUAUUGCAGCAUUACAUCCUGUGCCAACCAAAAACAUUCCUGUAUUUUGGGAAGAGGCACUGACUAUCGGGGCGGACAUCACCAAACAGCGUCUGGGGUGACCUGCCUGAGAUGGGACUCCCACAUCCUUGACAAGAAAGUUUACAACGCCUUUCAUCCCGAUGCCCAUCAACUAGGCCUCAGCAGCCACAACUACUGCAGGAAUCCUGACAAUGACACUCAGCCAUGGUGCCAUACAUUCAAGAACGGUGUGACCAAAUGGGAACAUUGUGAUGUGCCAACCUGCUCCACGUGUGGACUGAGGAAGCACAAGGUGGCUGAGAUCCAGAUCAAAGGAGGUGCAUAUUCAUACAUUGAGUCCCACCCGUGGCAGGCGGGCAUUUUUGUGACCAACCGAGGUGCAGAAGGUUAUCAGUGUGGUGGGAUCCUCAUCAAUUCCUGCUGGGUCCUCUCAGCUGCUCACUGCUUUCCAAAAGGCAUCAACCCCCAACGCAUCAAAGUCGUCCUGGGUCGGACGUUCCGUGUGAAAUCAUCAGACACAGAACAGGUCUUCCAAGUAGAGAGAUAUAUUACACACGAGAAGCACAACUCCAGGACUUUGGAUAACGACAUUGCCCUGCUGAAGUUGAAAGAACAUUCCGAAAAGUGUGCCACAGAAACUGACAGCGUCCGUCCCGUUUGUCUCCCUGAAGCUGGACUCCAGCUGCCCGACUGGACGGAGUGUGAGGUGUCCGGCUACGGCAAGCAUGAAAUGGCUUCUCCUUUCCACUCAGAACGUCUAAAGGAAGGACACGUGAGGCUCUAUCCAGACAGCUUGUGUACAUCUGCACGACUUGCCAAAAGGACAGUCACCGAGAACAUGUUGUGUGCAGGAGAUACCCGACACCUCCAUGACGCCUGCCAGGGCGAUUCGGGAGGCCCCCUGGUUUGCCUGCACGAGGGCCGCAUGAAGUUAAUCGGCAUCAUCAGCUGGGGCGUGGGUUGCGCCGCGAAAAACACGCCGGGCGUUUACACGAGAGUGGUUCGCUACCUGAACUGGAUCCAGGAGAACAUGCGUAACUGA